AUGCCACGGAGGGGCUUUGCCAGUUGUUCCCAUCUCCGGUUUCUCAGGCGCACUGGAGCUUGCCGGCCCUUUGACUCGCUCUUUUCUGUGCCGGCGCGCGCCGAGCGUGGGGACGAGGAACGUGGGAACCCGGCGCGAGCCCGGCAGGCACAGCUGCCUCCGCACCGUGCCAGGCCCUGCCAGGCUCCCCCCGAGCCUCCUGGGCAGGGUGGCCUACGAAGCUUCAGGUGCCACAGAAUGGUGGCUAGAGCCAUUGGCAAGUUAAGUUUUGUUGUCUGCUCCGGCUGGCCAUCUUCUCUUUCCCGAGGAGCCAUCCUUGGGAGAUGUCUUCACUGCCUCUUCCCUCUCCAGGUCUCUGCCUCCUCCGACCCCCGUUCGGCAGGGGAUGAGGAGCUGCCGCCGUCGGGCAAGGCGCGGGGGCUGAGGCGGAGCGGGCAGGGCCUGGCCAAUGUGGACCUGAGCGCGCAGAACCCCAACAUCCAGGUGACCAUCGAAGUUGUGGCUGAUCCUCAGGCUGAGAUGGAGAUGGACUUGUUGAAGGAGACAAGCAAUGACUGGUCCCUGACAUCCCCUGAGUGGUUGUCCCACAAGGAUCUCUUCUGGCCCCUCUUCUGGGAAUACACUGACCCUGCUGAAGAGGAGGAGGAUGAAGAAGAGGAUGACGAUGACAACCUGAAUGUAGGGGACAAGGAGGAUGAAGAGGAGGAAGAUUACACAGCAGAGUAUGAGGAGGAGGAGUCCAUGCUCAGUGGAGUGGGAGGUGACUGGGACCAGCGGUGGCCCAGGCAGAAGAACUGGAUCUUUAAGGAAAAAUAUGAUUACGACUAUGAAGAUGAGGAGGAGUGGAGUCCAUGGUCCCCUUGCAGCAUCACCUGUGGCAGUGGCAACCAGAAGAGGACCCGGUCCUGUGGCUACGCCUGCACAGCGACAGAGUCAAGGACCUGCGACCUGCCGCGCUGCCCUGGAGCAGAGGGGGAAAUGGUCUUCCCCACAGAGGAGGUGCCUUUCAAAAGUGACAACACCACAGAGCUCUUCAACUCAGAGGUGGACAGCUGUGAGAAGUGGCUGAACUGCAAGAGUGACUUCCUCACGAAGUACCUGAGCAAGGUGCUGACGGACCUGCCCAGCUGCCCCUGCUCCUACCCGCUGGAGGCCGUCUACAGCGCCGUCAACCUGCGGGAUGAGCAGCAGGGCAAGAGCUUCCGAUGGCGGGAUGCCAGCGGCCCCAAGGAGCGCCUGGACAUCUAUAAGCCAACGGCGCGUUUCUGCCUGCGCUCCAUGCUCUCCCUCGACAGCACCACCCUGGCUGCCCAGCACUGCUGCUACGAUGAGCACACCCACCUCAUCACCCGUGGAAAGGGGGCUGGCGUCCCCAACCUCAUUAGCACCGAGUUCUCCCCAGAGCUGCACUACAAGGUGGACAUGCUGCCCUGGAUCCUCUGCAAGGGGGACUGGAGCCGCUACCACGCUGUCCGGCCCCCCAACAACGGGCGGCAGUGCGCAGACAACCCCGCCGAGGAGGAGUACCUCUCCCAGCUGCAGGAGGCCAAGGAGUACUAG